AUGUUGGCCGAUGAUGCUGCAGGGUGGGUGAACGAUGUGCUCGACAAUGUGGCACCGAAGGCGUGGUCGGAGUUGAGAGCAUUGGCAGAGGAAAGCCUGAAAAAAGCACGGAAGGCGCACCUUUAUCAGGAUGAGGUCCUUUAUGCGUCUCUUGUCGACUUCUAUCGAUGGGUCGAGCGGCAGGGGCGAAUGAAGGCGGCCGAUAGGGUGACGACGAAGAUAGGGAGGGGACCAGCCUUUGCAAGAGUGCUCUGUGCGCAAGCUAAGUUCUUCGAGGUAAAUGGUGCAGUAAGACCUAGUCAGCAGGGGAAGCGCAAGAAGAUACCAUCGCUCUUCAGUGACGAGGCCUUCCAGAUGGGUAUUCAGGUCUACCUUCGCACUCUCGAACCCGGGAAGAUAACACCCAAACUACUUCAGCAGCAUAUCACCGACCAUAUCCUUCCUACUCUCAACACAAAGAAGACCCGAAUCAGCACAAAAACCGCUAAACGAAUGCUUGUCAAGCUCGGUUAUCGACGGAAGAGGCAUUCAAAGGGUGUCUAUUGGGAUGGACAUGAGAGGAAGGAUGUUCGGAGGCGACGUGCGGAGUAUCUUCAGGAGAUGGCGGCGAUCACAAGUCUUGUAGCCCGGUAUGAAGGGGAUGCGAUGGAGGAGGUGCCCCCGACACUGGCAGAGGGAGAGAAAGAGCACGUUGUUGUUGUGCAAGAUGAAUCCAGUCUCGGCACAAACGAUUACAAGAACGUUAGCUAUUGGCUGAAGCCAGGCGAGCAGGUCUUGAAGAAGAAGGAUCGCGGACGCACAAUGAUGGUGUCCGGGUUUCUCUGCGAGCGUUAUGGCAACUUGGCGUUGACAGACGAGAUGAUCGAGUUGAAUGCGAAGCUGGCGCCGGACGUCCGCAUUGCUGUCACUGAUUCUCGUGUGACGAUCUGUCCGACAUCGAAAGCUGGUGGUGACGACUAUUGGAAUCUAAAACAGAUGACUUCUCAGGCAUGUUCUUUCUUGCGGAAUGCAAUAUUGAUUGCGCACAGAUUAUUCCCGGGAGCGAUCGUUCAUUGGGUUUUCGACAACUCAUCGUGUCAUGACAGCAUGGAUGAAGAUGCACUCAAUGUCUCGAAGAUGAACGUGAACCCGGGUGGCACCAACAUUCCGAAGAUGCACGCCACCACCAUUCCACACGACAACCCAUUUGGGCACGGCGGCAAAACACAGUUCAUGGAAUUUGAAGCCAACUUGCCGGACGAUCAUGAACACAAGUCGCACGAGGGCAAGCCAAAAGGCAUGCGGGUUAUCCUUCAAGAGCGAGGCUAUAUUCGCCAGGAUGGGAAGUUCUGGGACGGAAGUCGUAAAGUCAUCGGCAAGUGUGCAGCGUGCAAGGAUCGGGUUUCUCGCAAGCCCAAGUUCACGCUUGCAAAUGAGGGGAAGAGGAAUGCCAACGUGGAGAGUGGUGGUGAAGAUGACGAUGACGAAGGAUAUGAGACGGAAGAUGACAACGGAGAUGGGUAUCCCACUGACUGCUGCAUGCAGCGUAUUCUUUCGUUGCAGUCUGAUUUCAAGAGCGAGAAGUGUUUGAUUGAACAGGCAAGUCUCGGCCUUUCUUAUGAUGUCUGCCAUUUCCUCCCAAAGUUUCAUCCAGAGAUGAACCCGAUUGAGUACUUCUGGGGCUGGAUGAAGCGGUAUUUCCGAGAACGGUCUAACGGCAACUUUGCGCAUGGUCGGAAGCUUCUCGACGAGUCCAUGGAGGCUUGUCCUCUGGUGACAAUUCGUCGAUUCUUUCGUCGAGCUCAGCGAUAUAUGAGCGUCUACACACUUGGCGCCACAGGAAUUGCCGCUGAGCACGCAGUCAAAAAGUACAAAUCUCACCGUGGAGUCUCGCAGAAGGAUUUGGACGCCUCCGAGGAGGAGCGUAAGCGCAAGGAUGCGAAAAUAUUUUCUGGGCGCACUUAG